CACUUCAGCAUCCAUAUGUCUCAUUCCUUAAUUUGGCUAAUUCGUCGUUGUAUUCUCUCUACGGUCUUUCUCUAUCGCCAUGGUUGCAAUGAGGAAGCCUGCAGGCUAUGGUGAGAAGAAAAGCACAAAGAAAAGAGUUGGGUCUGAAAAGAAAUUCACUAACAAGGGGGCUUGGUCCAAGCAAGAAGACCAGAAGCUCAUUGAUUAUAUCCAAAAGCAUGGUGAAGGUUGCUGGAGCUCACUUCCUCAGUCUGCAGGCUUGCUUCGUUGCGGGAAAAGUUGCCGGCUGAGAUGGGUGAACUACCUAAAGCCUGAUGUUAAGCGUGGGAACUUUGGGGAAGACGAAGAGGACCUCAUCAUUAAGCUCCAUGCGCUUCUUGGAAACAGGUGGUCAUUGAUAGCGGGAAGAUUGCCCGGAAGGACAGACAAUGAAGUAAAGAACUAUUGGAAUUCUCAUCUAAAGAAAAAGCUAAUGCGGAUGGGCAUUGAUCCUAAUAACCAUCGCCUCGGAGAAAGGGCUUCGGGUACUAGCAAAUCAUUUGAAUCCAGGGACCAGACAAGCAAUCCUCUAAUCUCAGCUGCCGAUAAUAAUGCAGUCUUGGAUUCUACAUGUGGCUCAGCGAGCAAGACAACAAGCAGUUUGCCUGACCUAAACCUUAAUCUCAAUGUGGGGGCUCCAUCAGUAGAUGAACAAAUGCAGCUAACUGGGGCAAAUAGUCAUAAGGAACUUGAACCUGCUCCCUUUACAACUCUACUUCUUUUUGGAUGAUCUCCAUUGUCGAGUAUAUGGCUUUAUAGCCAAUGUGGAAGCCAAUAUUUAGGGUGAAACAUUUAGUUUCUUUGUGCAAUGUAGGAGGAAUAUAGGCUAGAAUUGAGUUUUAAUAUAUGUAACAGAAGAGAAACUUUGCAUACCUAAUUCAACAUUUUGAGUUUCAAAUGAAAUUUGUUCUCUAAAUGGA